AAAGAAACUUUUAGGUAUGUAAAAGUUGCUACACAAGCAGAGGUUAGAGAACAGGAAAAUACCUGCUUAGACAGGAGUUUAGCAGCUACCGCCAUGACGAGCAAAUUUAGCAUUACCCUCUCCGAGCUCAAGGAGCUUAUGGAAAACAGGUCUACGGAUGGUAAAAAAAGGAUAGAUGAAAAGUAUGGAGGGAUCGAUAAGAUCGUGCAAUUGUUACAAUCAGAUGCUACAAAAGGAUUGGAUGCUAAAAAUACGGCGGAUCUGGCGGCUCGUGUUGAAAUUUUCGGAACGAACUUUAUUCCCCCAAAACCCCCCAAAGCUUUUUGGGUUUUAAUGUGGGAAGCAGCUCAAGACGUUACUCUGAUUAUCUUAGUGGUGGCUGCUGUUAUAAGUAUUGUAUUAGGACUUACUGUUGAAGAUGAUCCAGACACGGGUUGGAUUGAGGGGGCUGCUAUUUUGAUUUCGGUGUGCCUUGUUAUAGUAGUUACAGCUGGAAAUGAUUGGUCUAAGGAACGCCAGUUUAGGUCUCUGCAAAACCAGCUGGAUGACGACGCUACAAUAUCUGUCGUAAGAAAUGGUGAAUCUGUGAAAAUAUUCACUAAAGAUAUUGUGGUUGGUGAUAUCUUGCAGUUGGGAUAUGGAGAUAUCCUUCCAGCAGAUGGAAUAUACCUUACUGGUAACGAUCUCUCCAUCGACGAGAGCACACUAACUGGUGAAACAGAUCACAUCACCAAGUCAGUGGAGAAGGAUCCUAUGCUUCUCUCUGGUACUUCAGUUAUGGAGGGGUCCUGUAAAAUGGUCGUCACGGCAGUGGGUCCCAAUUCUCAAGCUGGUAUUAUUGUUCAGCUUAUUGAGGGGCAGGAUGAGGAGGAUGACGAGGAAUCUGAUGAUGAUCAGAAGGAAGGAGACGAAGAGGAGGGAACCAAAAUGGUAAACGGCAACGGUAAACACAAACCGGCCAAAGCUUCCAGCAAGAAAGAAAAAUCUGUGCUGCAGGGAAAGCUAACCAGACUAGCAAUACAGAUUGGAUAUUUUGGAACCGUGGCCGCUGUACUCACUAUACUGGUCCUCAUUAUAAAGUUCUGUGUUUCCAAGUUCAUGUUCGGGGAAAUGGCAUGUAAAGAUAAUACUACAGACAGUGAAGAGAUCCUAUGGAAGCUAUCGAUCCACGAUGCGACAGAAUGUACCGGACAGUGGACCUUGUACAAGGGCUGGCGGCCGGAGUACAUUAAAGAGCUCCUCGAAUUCUUCAUCAUCGGUGUGACUGUACUGGUGGUAGCAGUUCCUGAGGGUCUGCCGCUAGCCGUCACCAUCUCUCUUGCUUACUCAGUCAGGAAGAUGAUGAAAGAUAACAACUUGGUAAGACAUUUGGAUGCUUGUGAGACUAUGGGUAACGCUACGGCUAUCUGCUCUGAUAAAACCGGUACCUUGACAACAAACAGGAUGAGCGUGGUUCAGAGCUUCUUCAUGGGGAAGCUGGUGAAGCACGUGCCAUCACGUGACAUGUUGACUGAGAGUGUGAUAGACCUGUUUGCUAUCAGUGUCUCCGUCAACUCUAGCUACUCUAGCAACGUCAUCAAGUCUAAAGAGCCAGGACAGUUGCCCCGACAUCUUGGUAACAAGACAGAGUGUUCUCUGCUGCAGUUUGCUGGGGAACUGGGUGAGGAUUACGAGGCCAUCAGGAAAGACAACACCGAGGAGAGCUUCUUUAAGGUGUACACUUUCAACAGCAAGAGGAAGUGUAUGGCUACUGUCCUUAAGACUGAAGCUGGGUUCAGAAUCUUUGUCAAAGGUGCGGCUGAAGUAGUGCUGGGAAGCUGCGACCACAUUUUAGGGGAGGAAGGGAGCAUUGUCGGACUUACCGCAAAGACUUACGAUAGACUGGUUGAGGAGGUUAUUGAGUCGAUGGCUAAUGACGCGCUGCGCACAAUCUGUGUCGCGUACAAGGACGUGACGGACGCGGACCAACCUAACUGGGACGAUGAGGAUGGGACCUUGAGAGGGUUGACUUGUAUCAGUAUCGUGGGAAUAGAGGACCCUGUCAGACCAGAGGUUCCUGACGCUAUAGUGUCCUGCCAGAAAGCUGGAGUAACCAUCAGGAUGGUGACGGGAGACAACCUCAUCACUGCGCGCUCUAUCGCCCGAAAGUGCGGUAUUCUGACGGCGGAACAAGACGGGGGGAACAUUCUGGAAGGAAAGACUUUCCAUAAACUGGUCCAUGAUGACAGUGGAGCGUUUGACCAAGACAAGUUUGACCUGGUGUGGCCUUCUUUGAAAGUUUUGGCCCGUUCUUCACCUUCUGAUAAGUACGUACUGGUAACUGGUAUAAUCAACAGUAAACUAACUAAAAACAGAGAAGUGGUAGCAGUAACAGGUGACGGAACGAAUGAUGCUCCUGCCCUUAAAGCUGCUGAUGUUGGAUUUGCCAUGGGUUUAGCAGGCACGGAUGUCGCCAAGAACGCCUCAGAUAUUAUCUUGACGGAUGAUAACUUCACCUCAAUUGUAAAGGCAUGCAUGUGGGGGCGAAAUGUAUACGACUCUAUUUCUAAAUUCUUGCAAUUCCAACUGACAGUUAAUGUUGUGGCCGUCAUGCUUUGCUUUAUUGGUUCUUGUGCGCACGGUGCUUCGCCCUUGAAGGCCGUCCCCAUGUUGUGGGUAAACCUUAUUAUGGACACAUUUGCCUCCCUAGCUCUGGCCACUGAGCCCCCGACUGCUGAUCUGUUGAAAAGAAAACCGUAUGGGCGUACUAAGCCCCUCAUCUCUAGAACGAUGCUGAGAAAUAUUAUCGGACAUGCUAUCUAUCAAAUGAUAGUGAUGCUGGUUAUACUCUUCUACGGGGAUACUCUCUUCCAACUGGAUGAAGCUUCUUACGAGGUUAAAGACGCGCCAACCGUACACGGCACAAUCCUCUUUAACGCCUUCGUUUGGAUGCAGAUAUUCAACGAGAUUAAUUCGAGGAAGGUACACGGGGAGAGAAACGUAUUCAAGGGUGUUUUCAACAACUACAUCUUUGUGGGUGUUGUUUUUGGGACCACCUGCGCACAAAUUAUUCUCAUACAGUUCGGAGGUUACGCUUUCUCGACCAAAGGUUUGAAUUGGCAACAAUGGUUGAUCUGCGUUGCUAUCGGUGCUGUUGAGCUGUUAUGGGGACAGGUAGUCGCAACUGUCCCUAAGUCAGUAAUACCCUCCGGUAUGAGGCUGGGAACACAGCCGUUUACUCAAGAGGAAGCAACUCAGGCUCGCAUGCUCUGGAUGAGAUCUUUAAAACGCGUUCAACAUCAGAUACGUGUAGCUAACGCCUUCAAAAAAGCGGGACACGAGAGAAACAGACGAUUAUCCCUACUUGCAGAGGACGGAGAAAGAAAACCGAGUUUGAACAAGAAGAUGAGCAAAAACUCGGUGAGCAAGAGCAACGAACACAUACCUGACAACAAGGUCGCAGAUUCAGACGUUUAGCACUGUUGUUAUAAUAUCGCCUAUAAAAUUUAUACGUGUUACCGUGCUUUGUGAUGACAUAUGUGAGAGAGUAUUUGAAAUAUAUUUACCUGAGAAGAUGUUGAAUAGCUAAGAUAUCUCGGUUGUAUGUUCAUAUUAUUUCAUAUCAUAUGUUUAGUCUGCAGCUUCAUUCCGGCUCAGAUAGUUCAAUAUUUUAGUUUGAUGUUAGAUCGAAUGUGUUCGAAUUUGAAUCUUAUAUGUAUGGAUGAUAUUUAUGGUUUCUUAAAGGAAAAAUGAUAAAAUUUACCAUGGCAUAAGUUUAUCAUGAUGUAGUUUAACUUUAUGUGUUAGUUUAUCAUACUGUAUUUCAUGACACGCGCAUGAAACAAUGGUUCAGUUUUUCUCAAAAAUUUCAGAGUUGAUUUUUGCUUAAAUAGGGAUGCGAUUUGCUUGUACCAGGCAGGUGCUGACUUAUAGUUUUCCUUUAGUUAUCCUGUGGUUUGUUGAGAAGGGAGAAGAAUCAAUGAACUCGUUUUCUUCAAAGUUUUGGGCCGCAGCUGAAGCUACUUUAGUUUCAUUUUAUGCCAAAAUUUGCAUAAAAUACCUACAAGGAAUAAGUGCGUUACCUGUUAAAUGGCGUGGCUUUGGGAUGCACAAAAAGUUUGCAGAAAUCAGAAGACAGGCUCAAACUAAUCAUAGUGAUAACCAAUAAUCCUUUUUUGCAUCCUUUUACAGAUUUGGAUCGUUUGUCAUUUCCUUAUCGGUUAUGAUUCACACUGUGCACUUAAACUGCCAAAACGUGCAUAAUUAAACAGUGCAUCUUCUUAGCCGUACGAAAAUUUGACUGUGCACAAUUCAAUUAUAAAAUGAUGAAAUAAUUAAUGCUGCCAUUGCUUUAAUCUUUCUAAAUCAAUUUGGAAAGAUUUAAAAAGUUAAAUAUACAAAAUAAAGCGUCAAUUAGUCAUGGUCAGGUCAUGACGUGAAAUUCAUUCUCUCGGUGCUUUGCUACAAUGUGCCUCCCGGGAAAUUCAAAUAAUAUUUAUGGUGAACAAAAGCGUGCUCAUAUUCAGCCGUACCGCGUGAAUCGUAUUCGUAACCAAUAAGAUAUGCCUUUACUUGCAGUUGUGUUGAUUUAAAGCCUGGUAUAAUUAUAUAUUUUAACUAAUGAGCCAGUUAUGGGGCGGAGAACUUUGUGUUGUUAAAUGAAUCGCUUAAGUAAGUAAUUACAGCCGCUUCGUUUAGUUGUCCUUUUAGAAAAUCUUAGAAAAAAUGGCAAUUACACUUAUAUAUUACAGAUGAUAACUGCACAAUUGCUUUUGGGUAUAACCCCGUAAAUCUAUGUGUUUGAAUUGUUGAGUUACCAGCUUUAAUUUAUUUUAUAAAUUUUAUUAUUACAACAAAGAUAAAAGUACAUCCUCUUUUUAAAAGUAAAAUAGAGAAACACAGCUACGAACACAAUGUACAUAGACACAAAACUUAUCGAAAAAGCAUUUCUAAACAAAUACCAAUUAAAUUAGCAACACAUAUAUAACUUCAACUAUAAUAAUCCAUGUUUAGUAGUCAACAAAUAAUUAAAU